AUGCCCAAAAGCCUUGGUCAAGACCCGUGUACAGCAGACACAGAACUCUUUCAAGAGCACAUCGCCCGACUUAAGGACAACUUCUGUCUGUAUAGCGCGCUGCUUCAGAAACAACACGUGGAAGGUUAA